AUGACGUACAGUGCCAUUGUUAUGUAUCCCAACGAGGCCGACAUCAAGUUUGACGAGUCCUACUACAUCAAAACUCACAUGCCACUCGUUCAAAGCACCUGGGGGAGCUACGGCCUGAUCAGCUGGCGCGUCAACAAGUUUCCUACCGCACUUGAUGGCUCCCCGUCUCAGUAUCUGAUCAUGGCCACCCUUGAGUGGGAGAGUCAGGAGGCCCUGCAGGCUGCUCUGCAGAGCUCUGGCAGUGCGGGGGUGUUUGCCGAUAUCCCCAACUUCACCAACGUGAAGCCUGUCACUCUGUCUGGCCCCCAGCUGUGA